ACCUGUCCGGUGGCAGCGCAGCGAGGACCGGGUUUUCUUCAUUUAAACGGCUCCUGCAGUGCCGGACCCAUCUGUACCGAGUCCCUCACGCUCCUCUAGCCGCAGUCGGGUCUCGGUCUCUCGGCCAUGGCCUCUAUCGUGUGCCGGGUCCAGUACCUGGAGGACUCGGAUCCGUUUAUCUGCACUAACUUUCCCGAACCUCGGAGACCUCCGACGGUGAGUGUGGAGGACAACCUGCCGCUCAGCGAGCAGAUCGCCGGGAUACACAAGCUGCUGGAGGCGCCUCUGAAGUUGGAGGAGUGCACCCUUCAGUUGUCCCCCAGUGGAAACUAUCUGGACCUGGACUCGUCCCUGGCGGAGCAGAGAGACGAACUGGAGAGUUUCUAUGAAGACGUGACAAAAGGGAAGAAGCCCAUCCUGAUCCUGAGGACUCAGCUCUCUGUCCGGGUCCACUCCAUCCUCGAGAAGCUGUAUAACUCUCAGGGUCCGGAGCUCAGACGCUCUCUGUUCUCUCUCAAACAGCUGUUCCAGGAUGAUAAAGACCUGGUUCCAGAGUUUGUGGCCUCUGAGGGUUUGACGUGUUUCAUUAAAGUUGGAGCGGAGGCCGACCACAACUACCAGAACUACAUCCUGAGAGCUCUUAGUCAGAUCAUGCUGUUUGUGGACGGUAUGAAUGGAGUGAUCGCCCACAGUGAGACGGUUCAGUGGCUCUACACGCUGACAGGAAGUCUGUCUCGUCUGGUGGUGAAAACUUCUCUGAAGCUGCUCAUCGUCUUCGUGGAAUAUUCAGAGUCCAACAGUCCUCUGCUCAUCAGCGCCGUCAACACAGUGGACGGGAAGAGAGGUGUGAAGCCGUGGAGUUAUAUGAUGGAAGUCCUGGAGGAGAGAAACGGCUCCGACACAGAGCUCCUCAUGUUCGCCAUGACGCUCAUCAACAAGACUCUAGCAGUGCUCCCUGACCAGGACUCGUUCUACGAUGUGACAGACAGUCUGGAGCAGCUGGGGAUGGAGACCAUCAUCCACAAACACAUGAAGAACAAGGGGACAGAACCAGACCUCCGAGCACAGUUCACCAUCUACGAGACAGCUCUGAAGAACGAGGACGGCUCCUCCCCCUCCGCCUCCCCCACACCCCCAGCCUUCCUCUCCCCCUCCACUGCCAACACCCCCUUAUCCCCCACAAUCUCUUCCGCCUCUUCCCACAGCCCCACGGCAGGGUUGGGCAGCAGGGCCUCAUCCCCACUAACCUCUGACCCCGGCAGCGCCAACUCUAGUCCAUCCGGAUCCCAGCGAGGGUCUCCUCUGCCCCCCCACACAGCCCCCAAUGGUACCACGACCACAGAGCAGGAAGCAAAGACACCGUCCAGCCCGAGUCGCUCUUUCCUGAGCCACCAUAUGUCUGCUCUGGGUCUGAGCAGGAAGUCGAGGCUCUUCUCCAAAACCAACUCCAUCAGUGAGGAGCUGCCAGCCGCCGGCAGCUCGCCCUCCUCAGACCUCUCUCACCAGGAGAAGUUGUCCCAGUUGAACCCGGAGCCGCCCGGCAACAAGACGGAGACUAAAACCAGUUUCAACUCUGGGGAGGAUGACCAGCCUUUCUGCUCAGACGACUGUAAUGUAAAUCCAGACAAGCCGGUUCUGAGGAGGUUUGCAGACACCUUCCUGCGCAGCCUGGCAGCCACGCAGUGGGAAAAGAAGAGAAGAAGUAAAAACCUCAGCCAGGCCAGGCUGUCCUCAUCUGAUGAUGUCGUAACCCCGAGCCUGCAGCCUGCGGAGGAGGGCAGCGGCGUCUGGGACGAAGAGCCGACAGUCUCGUCCUCCAGCAGCACAAACGGAUCCUCAGACUCUCCGACUGACCCCGCCCCUCUACCGAGGCAGUGCAGCACUCUGUCCAAUGACAAGAAGUUUCUGUUGGACAUGCUCUACUCUAAGACCUCCAGCACAGCGCCGCUGAGCCCGACGGUCGCCGCUGCUCCAAACACCACCGAGGAAGAAAGCAGCUUCCUGCCCAGUGGAGAUCUUGGUGGUCGGGGUCGUGUGUUGGAGCGUCUGUCCAGCUUCAGAGCGCGCUCAGUAGAGUCCUCCGGCCCCAGUGAGAGCAGCGCCUCCCGCAGGGCGGAGCUAGAGGGGCUGGAAGGCUCCGCCCAGGCAGCGCUGGCACGACUGGCCGAGGAACAACAGAACCGCCACCUCCGGCAGCAGAGCAGCAUCGACGUGGAGAGCCACGCCCGCCGGCUGGAGACCACCCAGAUGACCCCGCUGGGCCCCGGGGGCCCCGCUGACGCCUGGGAGCAGCUUCAGCCGAGCGCCGCCGCCCUCCGCAUCAAAGACCUGGACUUCUCUGACCUGCUGGACGAGGAGGACAUCGACGUGUUGGACAUGGACACCUUCGACUCCACCUCCUCCUCCUCCUCCUGCCUCGGCCUCCCUCCCCCUCCACCUCCUCCUCCCCCGGGUCUGGUUGGUGCUCCUCCUCCUCCCCCUCCUCCCCCCCCUCCUCCACCAGGAGGUCUAGCCCCUCCCCCACCUCCUCCCCCUCCUCCAGGUGCUCCUCCUCCUCCUCCCUCAGCGGCGGCGACGUCCUCUCAGAAGCAGAAGAAGAAGACGGUGAAGUUGUUCUGGAAGGAGCUGAAGCAGGCCGACGGGCCGCACAAGUGCCGAUUUGGUCGGGGGACGGUGUGGGCGUCUCUGGACAAGGUGGCGGUGGACACCUCCCGACUUGAACACCUGUUUGAGUCCAAAGCCAAGGACCUGCCUGUUGCCAAGAAAGGACCUGAGACUAAGAAGUCUGAGAUUCUGGUUCUGGACCCAAAGAGAAGCAACGCCAUCAACAUUGGUAUGACCGUCCUGCCGGCCGUCCAUGUCAUCAAGACCGCCAUCCUCAACUUCGACGAGUUUGCCAUUAGCAAGGAGGGGAUCGAGAAGAUCCUGACCAUGACGCCCACAGAGGAGGAGAAGCAGAAGAUCCAGGAGGCUCAGCUGGCCAAUCCUGACGUUCCUCUGGGCACGGCGGAGCAGUUCCUCUUCAGCCUGGCCUCCAUCAGCGCCCUGACCCCCCGCCUGCAGCUCUGGGCCUUUAAACUCAACUACGAGGCCCUGGAGAAGGAGAUAGCGGAGCCGCUGUUUGACCUGAAGCUGGGCAUGGAGCAGCUGGCCUCCAAUCAGACCUUCAGGAGAACCCUGGCCACGCUGCUCGCCAUCGGAAACUUCCUCAACAGCUCCAACGCUAAGGGAUUUGAGCUGGGUUACCUGGAGAAGGUGGUGGAGGUGAAGGACACAGUUCACCGUCAGUCUCUGUUACAUCACACCUGCAACCUGGUGGUGGAAAAUUACCCAGAAUCCUCAGACGUCUACUCCGAGAUCCCCGCCAUCACCCGUUCUGCCAAAGUGGACUUUGAGCUGCUGUCAGAGAACCUGGUCCAGCUGGAGAGACGCUGCAAAGCAUCAUGGGACAACCUGAAGGUGGUGGCCAAACACGAGACCAAAGCGGUCCUGAAGAACAAGAUGACAGACUUCCUGAAGGACUGUACGCAGAGGAUCAUCAUCCUGAAGGUGGUCCACAGGAGGGUCAUCAACAGGUUCCACUCCUUCCUGCUGUUCCUGGGUCAGCCGUCCUCGUCGGUUCGGGACAUUAAAGUCACCAGUUUCUGUCGGAUCAUCAGUGAGUUCUCUCUCGAGUAUCGGACCACCAGAGAGCGAGUCCUCACCCUCAAACGCAAACGAGCCGCUCACAGAGAGAGAACCAAGACCAGAGGCAAGAUGAUCACCGAGACGGAGAAGUUUUCGGGGGCGGUGCCUCACCAGGACAGCUCCGCCCCCAUCUCCAUGGCGGCGGAGGCGGAGCCAGGUCAGGAGGAGGAGCAUGAGAACAUGAAGAACUUGCUGAUCAGCAGCAGCGACAGCCUGAGCAGCGAGCAGAGAGGACUGAGACGCUCCAGAGCCGUCCGCAGUCUGGGCAGGGUGAGUCCGUCUCAGAUGUCUGUAGCCAGAGAAGACGGGACCGGUUCCCAGGAUGACGCCACCGACGAGAUCAUGGACAGACUGGUCAAAUCCGUCACCCAGAAUCCCUCAGACAGACCGUCCAGCCCCAAGACCCGCAAACGGUCCCGACUGAACAGGAAGUCACUGAGGAGGACUCUGAAGAGCGGACUCAGUCUGGACGUGGUUCAGGCUCUGGGACUCAACAGCAAGACCGGAGACAAAGUCUGAGACUCAAACUGAUCGAUCAAUGGAUCAAUGGACACUAUUGAUUAAAGAGACUGAACCCAGAGCAGCUGACAGACGCCACUUCACCAGGAACCACGAGCUGCUCUCUGAUUGGCUGACGAAGACGACUGCAGUUUAUUAACAUUAACGACACAAAGUUCAAACAUGCUCCUCUUCAUCACUCCUCUUCAUCACUCCUCUUCCUCACUCCUCUCCAUCACUCCUCUUCAUCACUCCUCUUCAUCAGUCCUCUCCAUCACUCCUCUCCAUCACUCCUCUUCCUCACUCCUCUUCAUCACUCCUCUUCCUCACUCCUCUUCAUCAGUCCUCUUCAUCACUCCUCUUCAUCAGUCCUCUUCAUCACUCCUCUUCAUCAGUCCUCUUCAUCACUCCUCUUCCUCACUCCUCUUCAUCAGUCCUCUUCAUCAGUCCUCUUCAUCAGUCCUCUUCCUCACUCCUCUCCAUCACUCCUCUUCAUCAGUCCUCUUCAUCAGUCCUCUUCCUCACUCCUCUCCAUCACUCCUCUUCAUCAGUCCUCUUCAUCAGUCCUCUUCCUCACUCCUCUCCAUCACUCCUCUUCAUCAGUCCUCUUCAUCAGUCCUCUUCAUCAGUCCUCUUCAUCACUCCUCUCCCAUCACUCCUCUUCCUCACUCCUCUUCAUCACUCCUCUUCAUCAGUCCUCUUCAUCAGUCCUCUUCCUCCCUCUUCAUCACUCCUCUUCCUCACUCCUCUUCAUCAGUCCUCUUCAUCAGUCCUCUUCCUCACUCCUCUCCAUCACUCCUCUUCAUCAGUCCUCUUCAUCAGUCCUCUUCCUCACUCCUCUCCAUCACUCCUCUCCAUCACUCCUCUUCCUCACUCCUCUUCAUCACUCCUCUUCAUCAGUCCUCUUCAUCAGUCCUCUUCCUCACUCCUCUCCAUCACUCCUCUUCCUCACUCCUCUUCAUCACUCCUCUUCCUCACUCCUCUUCAUCAGUCCUCUUCAUCAGUCCUCUUCCUCACUCCUCUCCAUCACUCCUCUCCAUCACUCCUCUUCCUCAGUCCUCUUCCUCACUCCUCUUCCUCACUCCUCUUCCUCACUGAGGAGCUUUUUGAUUGACGAGUUUUCAGUUUCUGUUUUAGAUAAAAUCAAUAAAGGUUUUUAAUAAAGA